AUGUCACCAUUAUUCCAGAUUGAGCGUCUUGAUAUCGAUGACAUUAAGCUCAGUCAACGUCAGUCUGCAUCGCGUGAUCUCGCUCAGUUCAUUUGUAAGAUGCCUCAUCUCAGGGAACUUCAUCUCGGUGAUGCAUACAGAAACACCAGUCCCUCGCUUCAUGACGAGUUCUAUUCAACGUUGUCAUCAUUAGCAUCGUCUGCAAAGAUUGAGCGUCUUAUUAUCAAUUACUUUGAUCUCAGUCAACGUCAGUCUGCAUCGUGUGAUCUCGCUCAGUUCAUUUGUAAGAUGCCUCAUCUCAGGGAACUUCAUCUCGGUGAUACAUACAGAAACAUCAGUCCCUCGCCUCAUGACGAGUUCUAUUCAACGUUGUCAUCAUUAGCAUCGUCUGCAAAGAUUGAGCAUCUUGAUAUCGAGUACAUUGAUCUCAGUCAACGUCAGUCUGCAUCACGUGAUCUGGCUCAGUUCAUUUGUAAGAUGCCUCAUCUGAGGGAACUUCAUCUCGGGGAUAGAUAUGGAAUCACCAGUCCCUCACUUCAUGAAGAGUUCUAUUCAACGUUAUCAUCCUUAGCAUCGUCUGCCAAGAUUGAGCGUCUUAAUAUCAAGUACAUUGAUCUCAGUCAACGUCAGUCUACAUCACGUGAUCUGGCUCAGUUCAUUUGUAAGAUGCCUCAUCUCAGGGAACUUCAUCUCGGGGAUAGAUAUGGAACCACCAGUCCCUCACUUCAUGAAGAGUUCUAUUCAACGUUAUCAUCCUUAGCAUCGUCUGCCAAGAUUGAGUGUCUUGAUAUCAAUGGCAUUGAUCUCAGUCAACGUCAGUCUGCAUCACGUCAUCUGGCUCAGUUCAUUUGUAUGAUGCCUAAUCUCAGGGAACUUCAUCUCGGGGAUAGAUAUGGAACCACCAGUCCUUCACUUCAUGACAAGUUCUAUUCAACGUUAUCAUCCUUAGCAUUGUCUGCAAAGAUUGAGUGUCUUGAUAUCAAUGGCAUUGAUCUCAGUCAACGUCAGUCUGCAUCACGUGAUCUGGCUCAGUUCAUUUGUAUGAUGCCUAAUCUCAGGGAACUUCAUCUCGGGGAUAGAUAUGGAACCACCAGUCCUUCACUUCAUGACAAGUUCUAUUCAACGUUAUCAUCCUUAGCAUUGUCUGCAAAGAUUGAGUGUCUUGACAUCCAUUACAUUAAUCUCAGUCAACGUCGGUCUGCAUCGUGUGAUCUGGCUCAGUUCAUUUGUAAGAUGCCCCAUCUCAGGGAACUUUGUCUUGGUGAUGAAUACUACAGACCGACAUCUCAUGACGAGUUCUAUUCAACGUUGGCAUACUUGGCAUCGUCUGCAAAGAUUGAGAUUCUUCAUCUCAGAGAGAAUCUCAGUGAACGUCCGUCUGCAUCACGUGAUCUCGCUCUCUUCAUCUGUAAGAUGAAUCACCUGAAGAACCUCAAACUCUGCGGUCGGUAUCAUGAUGACUUCUACUCAACAUCAUCAUCGAUGGCAUCAUCUGCAAAGGGUAACUGCAACACGAGCUCAAAUGUGAGUGAUCUGACCGUUACUGAUAGGACACUAAACGAAAGGCAGGAUUGUGGAUCGAUGUUUGACAAUGUGAAGAGGAUCACCAUACAGGUACGGCGCACAAUCAGAUGUGACGUCAUCCAGAGGAUCCAUCUUCCAGCAGCGACAGAGCUCACCAUUCAAACAUAUGAGUAUGCUUGGGAACCGGCUUCUCUCCACGAUGAUCCCACUUCACUACCCAAUGCACUUCACAAAGUCUCAUUUCAGCUUGUCAAGGUCACAUUCACAGAUCUCAACAUCGGUAAUAGUGAGGUUAGAAACAUCAUUCAAGCUUUCAGAUCAUCGGACGACCUCAAACUUCUGAAGAGCGCAAGGUAUGAUAUAUUCAGUUUAUUUGAUACUCCGUUUGGUCAUGACGAGCGUUUAUCGGUUGAUAUAUAG